AUGUCAUCCGCACCACCAAAGGAAGCGCCUGUCAACGCUAAAGAUAUCGACAUGGCUCGUCUCAGCGCUAACGCGACACCGAAAACCGAUCGCAAGCCGAGCCGCUUCCGCGGACUAUUCAGACAGCAGUCCAGCUCGAGCGCAUCGUCCAGCCCCGCUACCCUGCAGAAGUCGCCUCCGCCCGUCGCUUCUAGCCCGUUGGCGUCGCCAUAUGUGCGCCCAGGAUACGAACAAAUCGGUCUCCUACCCAGCGAGCAGUCCAUGCACAGUCUACAGGGACUUGGUGAGACCGAGAUCGGUGAUGGUGAGACGAUUGGCUCUACAGCAGUUGAAGGUGCCUCUCCAAACCGCCGUGCUGAGGAAGCAGGCCGUGAUUCCGUUGAAUCUGAGGUCGCCAAAAGCCAGGAUACCUGUCCACGUACAGCUGGUGAUGCAGACAAGCGAAGCGGGUUGCCAUUGGGUUCUUCCCACAAGAUCGCAGAGGCCAUGGACAAGGAGAACAGCAGCCAUGUCAAAGAUGCAUGGUUCGCGGACUCCGCAGGGCGUCGGAUAUCGCCUGACAGCCCCCGUUAUCCCCAGCACGGCGGCCCCGUCGAAGACCCCAGCAUGGUGCAGUACAAGACCACCAGCAUCAAGCGCACAAACGACUUCCUCAAGACUGCUCGUAUCUCGCCACAACCCCCACUUCUCAUCGACACCGCCGAGGAGCACGGUUACUCCACGUUUCUGGAUGAAGAUGAACCCAGCCCCCGCAAGUCUUUCGCGUCUAACAUCUUCGACGACGACAGUUCGCUGAGUCAAGGCAUCCGCGAGUAUGUCACUAGCAAGAUCGCCGAAGCACUCGUCGAGCACAACCGGGAGCGCCAAGGCGAUGCCAAUGAUAUGGUCAACAACGUAGGCCCGCUCAACCUCAUCAUCAAGAUCGACGCGGCCGGUCUCGCUAAAGCGAAUACCUCUAAGCGAUUGAUCGGGGACGAUGGAAAGAUCGGCGACUUCCCGGAGCGCCUCACCAUCGGUCCCUUUGAGAUCUCGAAUGCGCAGCUUGAACGAGACAUCCAGUUCGGUGUCAUGGCCAUCUAUGCGAUCGCCUUUCUUAGCGCAUCUCUUCUAGGACCGAAGAUACUCGUUCUUACUCUCUGGAAAUCGGCAAUCCUUAUGGGGGUGUACGCCGCUUUGUUGCGUCAACUGUGCUGGACUGAGAAGGUCGAGCGCGACGUGCUGCUGGCGCCUGUGUGCUUCGUGGUUAAUGUGGCUACAGGCAUGGGCGAGCAGCUGCUUGAACAGUUGCGCAUGAUGAUGGUUGCGGUACUCGCUGAGGCUAUCGAACGCGUCGCUCAGAGCUGUGAUGUGCAGGUACAUAGCGGGUAG